UAGUGGGACGUACCUCUCUCUCCACCCCUCCAUGUGAUCCACUGACUCCCUUCUCGCCGCGUUGUGAUCGGCAGCUGCUUCACCCUCCUCUGCACCUCCUCCUCCUCCUCCUCCUCUGAGUAUGUUUAUGUGAGCAGGAAGACGCAGCAGGAGGAAGCACCACCAAGGACGUCCUUAUUUUUCACCCCCACCAGCCUCGUGAGCCGGAGAUGCGAGGGACCAGCAGUUAGAUUAUCUCGGGCUGCGCUGCUGCCGCUGCAGGAUAACUUCAUCCCGGAGACUGCUGCAGCUGAAGCUUGUCUCCAGAGGAGAUCUGGCAACAAAGGACUUCUAAUUUCCCGCAACAACUGAAUGUAACAUUGCUCGGAUAAGGAAGGCAGGGAAUUCAAGCCAUCAUCAUGAAUUUUGUUAUGAAACAAGCGUUGGGAGGGGCCACCAAAGACAUGGGCAAGAUGCUUGGUGGGGAGGAAGAGAAAGAUCCUGAUGCUCAGAAAAAAGAGGAAGAAAGACAAGAGGCACUGAGGCAACAGGAGGAGGAGAGGAAGGCAAAAUAUGCAAGAAUGGAAGCAGAGAGAGAAAACAUCAGACAGGGAAUCAGGGAUAAGUACGGCAUCAAGAAGAAGGAAGAGAAGGAAGCCGAGGCAGCAGCUGCUAUGGAGCAGGCCUCUGAGGGCAGCCUCACCCGUCCAAAAAAGGCCGUUCCCACCGGCUGUGGGGAUGAGGAGGAAGAGGAGAGCAUCGUGGAUACGGUCAUGAAGUUCAUCCCGGCUCCGCUUAUGGAUAUGUUCAAUAAAAAGUAACAGAAAUCCGAAUGAAGUAUGAUUAACCUCAUUCAUCAUACAUCCAAAUUUAUCAAAUGUGGUCCACCCUGUCCUGCCCAUACUCCAUCAAGCUCCACCUCCUCAAUCCAUAUUUUAAGUGUCCUGGACUUGUAUAAUGUGCCAUUAUUUUACCGUGGCUUAAACCGUCUGAACUGUGACGGCAGUACAUACUUUUCAGCAGUUUCUCCUGCUUCAAAAGUAUGUAUCGCCUGCACAGAUCCAGUGUGUUUAUUCAAGACAAUUUUUAUGCCAUGUUUAAAAUGUCCAGGUCUUAUUAGAAUAAAAGCAGCUAUCGCCCUUCAUCUGCUCAUUUUGUUUGUAAAUAGCCUCGGGUAAUUAAAAAAAUAUAGAAAUAUAUAUGAGUGAAAUAUAACAUAAGAAGAUAAAAAUUAUAAGCCAUAUUUUUAACUUUUAGAAAUUACUGUCAUAUCA